AAUAAAUUAGGCGGGAAAAUUGACUCAAUCCCACAAUUUCCCCAAUUUCUUGGCGCCAAAAUCAAAGUCAAUGAUGAGGUAAGCGCAAUGAAAUCAGAUCCAAUUCAAAUCAACUCCGACGAAUUCAUGCAAUGCAAUCAAAGAUCAGUGCCUUCUUCAAACCCUCCUCCUCUUCUUCUUCCUCUUCACCCAACCCAGCAGCCGCACCUCCGCUUCUUUCCAACGAAAACGACGACGAAUUGACCGUCUGGGAGAAUACGCAGCACCAGUACUGUAACACCUACAAGCGAAGAGCUCCAAACCCGCAAAGUAGUGGAAGGGACAAAAAUCCAGUGAACCAAUUGCCGGAGAAACCCUUUUCUGAUUGUAAUUCCGGGAAGCCGGAAUCGACCACAUUGGGAAGAACAGUGAUCAAGAACAAGAAGAGAAGCUAUUCUCAGUUCUAUCUGGACUAUGGACUGUCUGAUUUCAAUCUGCACACGUGCUCCACUUGCGGGGAUAAGUAUACCGCCGGAGACGAAGACGAUGAGAAGGCUCACAGGAUGCUCACAGGGCAUUUCACAAGGACUAUACCAAUGGAAUUCCAUUCAAGGGAUGGUGCAAUGAGAGGGUUGUUCAUUUGCCUUCUGUGGAAGGAGGUCGGAUUGUUUUGGUGUAAGAUUCUGAUCCUCCGGCGCAGAGAAACAAGGGUACGCCAAAUACAAGUGCAAAGAAGACACCAGCUGGCCGACGAAGAGGUGGUUCUGCUGCUGCCGUUGAGAAAAAAAGGUGGCCGAGGUUCAGGAGCUGGUGCCAAGAGAAAGAGAUGAAUGGGAUGGAAGAAGAGAUGGAACUUUUCCUUGCUGUGCUGUUGGCACGUUUUAUAAGCGAACGUAAAUAGAUAUUUCCUCCGUACAUGAACAUUUUUGGUAGGAGAGGAAUGGUAGGAUCUCCAAUUUCAGCGUCGGUUUGCAAGGUUGAUGUUUAUACUAAUACUAUUGAUCUCUAGUUUUAGUGUCGUUUUUAGUGCUUUAGAAAUGUGUAGACAAGUUGGCUACAGCAGUUACUUUUCAUCUUCAUCCCAAAUUCAAAUGGCUCUUUAUGUAAUUUAAAAGGUCGUCGUACCCAGUGCACAAGGCUCCCGCUUUACGCAGGGUCUGGGAGAGGUGAAUGUCGGCUAACCUUACCCCCAUUUAUGGAGAGGCUGCUCCCAAGUCUCGAACCCGAGAUCUACAGCUUAUGGGCGAAGGCACUUGCCAUCGCACCAAGUGCGACCUCUGCUCUUUAUGUAAUUUAGUUUAAAUUAAAUUAGAAUAUCGCUCAAUUAACCUUUUUAUAAUAGAAAGGAGAAAUGUUAAAUGUUUGAAGCAAUGAGCCAUAACCGGUAAUUGGUCGCUUAUUAUAGUGUCGAAAGAUUUUAUUACAAUUGAGCAAGAGCAAUGAUACACCACGCCACAAUAUUAUAUGGAAAUUGGUCAUUACAAAAUUAUUCAAUUUUUCUUCGGCUUACACAAACUAUAUCGAUAAAUGUUUAAAGUUGCUCACAAAAUGCUUGUAGCUCAAUUGACUAAUAGCAUUCAUCACUGUAUCAACACUGCAACACCAAACGAAUGAGGUCCCCAAAACAGAUCUAGCUAGAGGGAUCCAAUGAAUCCACCUUUAUUUAACUGCAUUUGGAAACUAUAAUAAUACCAUACAAUAGCAAGUUAGUGCCAAGAUAUAUUGGCAAAUGCCAACUUAUAAUAUAUAAAAGACAUAGACAUAAUAUAUAUAUAUAUAUAUAUAUUUAUGUGUGUAUAUAUUGAUGGUUUUAAUUAAGGGGUAGUGGUAAUUGAAGGUGGAGAGGCGAUGGGGAAAGUGAGAACUGGAGGGAAAUCUGGAAGUGAAGUAAUAGGGGGAGGCAACCUGUAUUCUGGCCAAAGUGGUGUGGGUGGCAGAAAAGGAAGGUCGAUUGUGGGUGGCAGAGGUGGAAAGUUGAGGUUUGGAAUAUUAAUAUUGGGCACAUUAUAAGGAAAGGUUGGUGCUAAGAGUUUUCGAGGGGCGGC